GGGUUAAAUACCCAUUUCCCCAAAUUUGGGUUUCUGAUAAAUCGAGAUCAAAUUCAAUCAGGGAAACAAUCAUAUCCCCAAUUUCCCCCCCUUUGAUUCUGCAUUGAAAAGUAUUUGGAUUUCUUCCCCCUUUCCUCUGCUCUGCCAUUAUCACAAGGAUUCCAGCAAGAAAAACAGAGUAAAAACUAAAAAAGGAACAGGCUUUCUUCUUCAUCCUCCAUUUCAUUUAUCUGGGUUCUAUCUUCCUUUUUUUUUUCUUCCCUGUCCAGAUCUCGAGACCCUUUUUGGUCCCUAAAUCUCUCAUCUACCGUUCUGUGAUAUUGACAUUUGUUCAAUAGUCAUUUAAUUUGGUGGGCACAUUCCCAAGCUUUUUCAACUCUCCCCGUCCUCCCCCCAAUCGCUUGUUCACUGCACCGCACCCUUCUUCUUCUUCUUCUUCUCCUUUUUGUUUCGUUCUUCUCUCGCUUCAUUUCCUCCGCCAUUUCCUCCUCCCUCUCUCUGAGUUUCGGUUUUGCAAUAUACAGAGCACUUAGAGCAAAGGUGAAGCGUAAAAACCCAAUCUUUUUUGUUUGUUUAUUGUAUUAUUUUCAGUUGCUCGUGUGGGGAAGGAGAGGAAACAGAGAAAAAUUGUUGACUUCCCCCUCCAAAUUUGACAUUGUGUUAGCUACAUUAUAAGCCCAGCAAUUACGGGGAGGUCGGUGCUAUAAAAUUGGACGAGCUUUCGAUUAGUUGCUUUGCAUGGAAACCAAGGUUGUGGAGAAAUGCCAAUGUCUCAGGAAGUAGGAAGUGAUCCAAUGUGGUCAGGAGAGGGAUCUGGGUUUGAGAUUUGGCUGAGUGAGCCUCAGAGUGUUGAGAAAAGGCGCCAAAAUUUCAUGUCCCAAAUGGGUCUUUCAAAUGAUGUGAGUAGGUCUACAAUGAGCAACAAUGGUGGUGACUGUGAGGGAGAAAUUGGUGGGUUGGAGUUGUCUGAGAGGGUUUCUGAGAGCAGCAAUGCUGAAUGUUCGCGGAGUUCGUGCACUGAUGGAGAUGGGGGAAGCAGUUCGGUUUGUUUAGGGAGGGAGUGUGGUACUGAAGCUAAUUCCAUGGUUGAUGAUGAUUCAGAAGAAGAGGAGGAGUUCGUGGGAAGGAAACCAGGCAGUGGGAGCGAGAGCUCGGAUGGAGAGGUCUCAACUUCUCAGAAAGGGAAUGGUGAGAAGAUGAAGAGAAAGUGGAGUUGGAAGCAGUUUGUGAACAACAAGAAGAGGGAUGAUCAGGAUGUUAGUAGUAAUGACUUGGUUUCCAAGGCAAGCGGCAAAUUUGCAAAAGUGAAGUGCAACAAGAAGAAGUACAUGGAGCUCAGUGGUUUGUUUGUAGGGCAAGAUAUCCAAGCUCACAAGGGAUUCAUUUGGACAAUGAAGUUCAGCCCUGAUGCCAAGUACUUAGCAACUGGUGGUGAAGAUGGAAUCAUUAGAAUUUGGCAAGUUGGAACAGCUCCUGCUGAUUCCAAGCUUCCCGGGGCUGGCUUGAAGAAGGGUGGUGGCCAGCAUCAGCAGCAGCCUUCCAUUGUGAUUCCCGAGAUGGUCUUCAGGAUUGAAGAGUCACCGGUGCACGAGUUUCGUGGGCAUUCGAGUGAUGUUCUGGACUUGGCAUGGUCAAGCUCAAAUUUGCUGCUGUCUUCUUCAAAGGACAAAACUGUUAGAUUGUGGCAACUUGGUUGCAACCAUUGCCUCAAUGUUUUCCACCACAGGAACUAUGUGACAUGCAUCCAAUUCAAUCCUGUCAAUGAGAACAACUUCAUCAGUGGAUCGAUCGACGGGAAAGUUCGAAUCUGGGGGGUUUCUGAGACACGAGUCAUCGAAUGGGCUGAUGUUCGAGAUGUUAUAUCUGCUAUAUGUUACAAACCAGAUGGGAAGGGUUUUGUAGUUGGCUCGAUUCGAGGCAGAUGCCGGUUCUAUGAAGUAUCAGCUAAUGAUCUGCAUCUGGAGGCAGAGAUUCAUAUACAAGGCAGAAAGAGAACAUCCAGCAAUAGAAUCACAGGCAUUCAGUUCUCCCAGGAAAAAGUUCCAAAAGUCAUGAUCACUUCUGAAGAUUCCAAAGUCAGAAUAUUCGAUGGCUUUGACCUCAUCCACAAGUUUAAAGGGCUUCCAAGGUCAGGGAAUCAAAUGUCGGCUUCCUUCACAUCAACAGGGAAACACAUAAUCUCGGUUGGAGAUGACUGUCAAGUCUAUGUCUGGAACUACAAUGACCAAAGCAGCAGCAGUUUGUAUGGUGCUGGUAGCCCUGUCUACUCCAAAAAGAUAAAAUCUGAACAGUCCUUCGAGCAUUUCUCCUCACAAGGUGUCUCCGUGGCGGUGCCUUGGCAUGGAAGCAACAAGAGCAGUAUUGGUGGUGGUGGCGUCGGUGGUGGUGGUGCGAGUCCAGGAAGGUUCCUUGGCCAGAAAGGCACCAGCCACCAUGGUGGUAGGAGGAGGGGUUCGAAAGACAUGGAUAGGUUUUCGAUUGGCAAUUGGUUCAAAGACGGUGGAUUCAGGGCGAACUCGUCCUCUGGUGCCACGUGGCCCGAGGAGAGGCUUCCCGGUUGGAAUGGUGCCGGAGGAGGGUCUAGGGUGGUGGAUCGGAACCCGACGACAUGGGGGAUGGUGAUUGUGACGGGGAGUUGGGAUGGGAAGAUUUCCACUUUCAAUAACUAUGGGUUGCCAAUGAUAUUAUGAUGCCAUGACUUGAGUUGGAAGAAAGGGGGGAAAAAGAAAACUUGUAGAUGUUGAAGAUGAAAGAGUGUAAAGGCUAAGCUCUAGAUCAAAUUAGGAUUAAGGUUCUUUUCUCUUAGAGCAAAUGGUGGUAGAUGUGAAUAAUUUAAGUUAGUCUAAACACAUUGAAAGAAGGU